AUGACAGGUAUUGAUUCUAACAUUAUUGUUCACAAGUUGCAGGUUGACCCUGAUUACCCACCGGUCAGGCAAAAAAGACGUAAAUUCGCACCCGAUCGCAACAAGGUGAUAAAUGAGGAGAUACAAAAACUAAUCGACGUGGGAUCAGUCAGAGAGGUUGACUAUCCUGACUGGUUAGCAAACGUAGUAGUUGUGAAGAAGAAGAAUGGAAAAUGGAGGGUAUGUAUCGACUUUACUGAUCUCAACAAGGCAUGUCCGAAGGAUUCGUUUCCACUUCCUCACAUUGACAUGAUGGUAGACGCAACAGCUGAACAUGAAUUGUUGAGUUUCAUGGAUGCUUUCUCUGGUUAUAACCAAAUCUUAAUGCAUCCCAAUGAUCAAGAAAAAACAUCAUUCAUAACUGAGCGAGGGACUUUUUGCUACAAAGUCAUGUCGUUCGGACUAAUGAAUGCAGGGGCCACGUACCAACGGCUGGUCAAUCGAAUGUUUUCCGACAUGCUUGGAAAGACGAUGGAAGUUUACAUUGACGACAUGCUUGUCAAAUAUUUAGCAGCAGAGAAUCACCUCGAUCACCUCAAGCAAGCAUUCCAGACGGAGGAAUGCGAAGAAGCGCUAAGACAACUCAAGAGCUAUCUCAGCUCCCCUCCACUCCUAGCAAAGCCUAAGGAUGGAGAAACGUUGUACAUGUAUCUGGCAGUUUCAGAAGUAGCGGUCAACGUCGCACUAGUUCGAGAAGAUGAAGGAAAGCAACAACCGAUUUACUACGUUUCGAAGACAUUGCUAGAUGCUGAAACAAGAUACACUCAGCUGGAAAAAUUGGCCUUAGCGCUUGUCACAGCAGGACGCAAGCUCAGGCCCUAUUUCCAGUGUCAUCCCAUAGUGGUGCUAACCCAAUACCCACUCCAUAGCAUUCUACACAAACCGGAACUUUCUGGACGCAUGACCAAAUGGGCUGUUGAGCUCAGUGAAUACGACAUAACAUAUCAACCGAGGACAGCCAUCAAGUCACAGGUAUUGGCAGAUUUUAUUGCUGACUUUUCUUGUGUUGGACAGGUACAAGCUGAAAAGGAAUUAUUAUGCUUAAACGAGCAAACCAACUCGACAUGGAUGCUAGCAGUAGAUGGAUCAAGCAAUAGUAAGGGGAGUGGCCUAGGAAUCGUCCUUACCUCCCCUCAAGGAGAUGUUAUGCAGCGGGCGAUCAGAUGUGACUUCAAACUUACCAACAAUGAGGCUGAAUACGAGGCGUUGAUCGCUGGGCUAGAUCUAUCCAUUGAGUUGAAUGCCAAAACCAUUGAAGUCAUGUCAGAUUCUGAACUUAUCGUAAACCAACUCAACGGGUCAUACCAGGCCAAAGAUUCAAAAAUGGCAUCCUAUCUCAAGAUUGUUCAAGAUAAGAUUUCAAGAUUCACAAAAUUCACCAUUAACCAACUGCCGAGACUAGAGAACAACCACGCCGAUGCUCUUGCUAAUCUCGGCUCAUCCAUUCAAAUCAAAGAUGGAGUCACCAUUCCUGUGGUGAUAAUGCAAUGGCCAGCGACAUGGAAACCCAACGAAGAUGUAAAAAGUCUGAAUGAACAAGACAACUGGAUGACGCCAAUAAUGCAGUACCUAGAGGAUGGAACCCUACCACAUGACAAGAACGAGUCAAGAAAACUAAGAGCUAAAGCGGCCAGAUUUACACUAUACAAUGGGAAACUCUAUAGACGAUCAUUCUCAGGGCCAUUACUCAGAUGUCUAUUACCAGCUGAAUCCAAUUACAUUCUCCAAGAGCUACAUCAAGGUGAAUGCGGAAACCACUCAGGCCAUCGGAGUUUAUGCAACAAAGCUCUAACAAUAGGCUACUAUUGGCCAACCAUGCGAGCGGACUCCUAUAAUUUUGUUCAACAAUGCGACAAGUGCCAAAGGUUUGCUCAAAUAUCUCAUUUACCUCCAGAGAAGCUCCACUCUUCACUUACACCAUGGCCAUUUAUGAGAUGGGGGAUGGACAUUGUAGGCAAGAUGCCAACUGCUCCAGGGCAGAGGGUAUUCAUGCUAGCCUUAACUGACUACUUCUCCAAAUGGGUAGAAGCUGAAGCCUUCGCACAAGUUAGAGAUCGAGAGGUAAAAAACUUUAUCUGGAAAAAUAUAAUAUGCAGGUUCGGAAUUCCAAAGGAGAUAGUUACGGACAACGGUUCACAGUUCAUAAGCCAAGACUUCCAAAGCUUUUGUGCAGAAUGGGGGAUACAAUUAUCAUUCUCAACACCACGAUACCCUCAAGCAAACGGACAAGCAGAAUCAACCAACAAGACAAUAGUCAACACACUCAAAAAAACUUCUAGAGAAAGCCAAAGGGAGAUGGGCAGAUGA